GUAUAAGCAACAUUUAUUAUUCAUAAACGUUUAUCUUUCACUGAGUUGUACAACAAAUAUUUAUUUUAUAUUUAAAUAUGAUUUCUGUAAAAUUUGGGUGCAGUGUAUUAGUUUUAUUCUUUUUUGUGACCUAUGUGAAAGCAUGGGAGCCUCUAAAAGUGAUUUCAUUUGAUAAAUGGAACACAGGAAAAAUUUUAAAUAAAACCGAAAUGAUAUCAGUUCCUGUACAUGUAAUGUUAAGCCAAACAAUUACAGAACCAUGUUUUUCACGGGAUCAAUGCAAAGAUUUAUUGAAUUCUAACAGUGUAUCAGCAAUCAUUCCUAACUUUUAUGUCAGUGGCGAUGGACAAAUUUAUGCUGGUCAUGGUUGGGAUUCCGUAGGAGUGGUAAAUUUCUGUACAAGUGAUCCCAAAAAAAUGAUGAUUGAAAUUAGUUUUAUUGGAGACUUUGAAAAUUCAAAAUUUUCUAACAAACAACUACGAGCAGCUCAAAAGCUUCUGGAGAAAGGUCUUUUAACUGGAAAACUGUCCGAGACUUAUGAUUUAUUUGGUGACUGGCAAUUAAUUGAAGAAGAUUUCCCGAUGAACGAAAAUAACAAAGAAAUUUUUAAGACCUGGCCACAUUGGGCAUCAGAUUUGUCUCAAUGUACACUUUUAAAUGAUUAUAAUGACAUAGAAGAUUAUGAAUUUAAAGAUUAUGAUUAAAUGCUAUAUUUUGGUUGAUAAAUUAGCUUUCAUGUUAUUUUAUUGAAAUAUAUUCUAAGUAGAAAACA